AGUAAUAAUUCGAUAAGUAUGUCGACUGGUAGUGCAGCAACAGCUGCUGGUUUAUCAACCCUUGGCACAUCUCCCACAUAUGAGACUUUUGGUACUGGACAUUCGUGUAUCGUUAAAGAAGGUUGGUUGCAGAAACGUGGUGAACAUAUAAAAACUUGGCGUUCCCGUUAUUUUAUUUUACGCGAUGAUGGAACAUUGAUGGGAUAUCGAAAUAAACCCGUAAAUAAUGCACCAUCAGAACAAUUGAAUAAUUUCACAGUGAGAGGGUGCCAAAUAAUGACUGUCGACAGACCGAAACCUUUCACCUUCAUAAUACGUGGCUUGCAGUGGACUACAGUAAUAGAGCGCACAUUUUGUGUCGAAACGGAAGAGGAGCGUCAACAGUGGACAGAUGCUAUAAGAACAGUAGCGAGUCGUUUAAGUGAAAUGGGUGAAACAGCAAUGUCACCAUCAGAAAAUACAGAUAUGGCAGAUGUUGAUAUGGCUUCAAUAGCAGAAGUUGAACUCUCCGAAAAGUUUUCUGUGCAGGGCACAUCAACACGUAAUAGUGGAGGUGUCAAAAAAGUGACACUGGAAAAUUUUGAGUUCUUAAAAGUUUUGGGUAAGGGUACAUUUGGUAAAGUUAUUCUAUGUCGCGAGAAAUCUACAGCCAAACUAUAUGCAAUUAAAAUUCUUAAAAAAGAAGUUAUCAUACAAAAAGAUGAAGUUGCACACACAUUAACUGAAAGUCGUGUACUUCAAACGACAAAUCAUCCGUUUUUAAUUUCACUAAAAUAUUCAUUUCAAACAAACGACCGUCUCUGUUUCGUCAUGCAAUAUGUGAAUGGUGGAGAACUAUUUUUUCAUUUAAGUCGUGAACGUUUCUUUACCGAAGAUCGUACACGUUUCUAUGGUGCCGAAAUAAUAUCCGCAUUAGGCUAUUUACAUUCGCAAGGCAUAAUAUAUCGUGAUUUAAAACUUGAAAAUCUUUUGCUGGAUAAAGACGGUCACAUAAAAAUAGCUGAUUUUGGUCUUUGCAAAGAAGAUAUAACAUAUGGAAGAACCACAAAAACUUUUUGCGGAACACCCGAAUAUCUAGCGCCUGAAGUAUUAGAGGACAAUGAUUAUGGUCAUGCUGUAGAUUGGUGGGGCACGGGUGUUGUCAUGUACGAAAUGAUUUGUGGACGUCUUCCAUUUUAUAAUCGCGAUCAUGAUAUACUAUUUACACUGAUAUUAGUGGAAGAAGUAAAGUUCCCACGAACAAUAUCUGAAGAAGCAAAAAGUCUUUUAGCUGGUCUAUUGGCUAAGGAUCCUAAAAAGCGUUUAGGUGGUGGUCAAGACGAUGUGAAAGAAAUACAAGGACACCCCUUCUUUGCGAGUAUUAAUUGGACAGAUUUAGUACACAAAAAGAUAACACCGCCUUUCAAACCACUAGUAACAUCCGAUACAGAUACGCGUUACUUUGAUAAAGAGUUUACUGGCGAAAGCGUUGAACUUACACCGCCUGAUCCUACCGGUCAACUUGCUUCAAUAGCUGAAGAACCACUUUUCCCGCAAUUCAGUUAUCAGGAUAUGGCAUCUACACUGGGUACCUCGUCGCACAUUAGCAGUUCGGCUGGACUUACAUCGAUGCAAUAGAAAAUAGUUCAAGGCACGAGACGAAAACGAUAACAAUGUCUUUAUCAUAAAUACUAACGUUAAACGAGUUGGUGAAAUAACCUAUAAAAUAAAGAAAGCAAGAAAAAACUAUAUUAGGCAUAGGAGUAGGGAGAUUGCGACGCCUUUAUAUAAAGGUUGCAUGACUAUAAAUACAACUCUUAACUACAUCCACAACUACAUACAAGUAACUUAUUAUUUUUUACAUUUUAAAUAACAUAAACACAAAACAUACAUAAUUAAAAUAUUUCAGAAGAA